AUGGCUGACCAGCAGGCAGGCCUGGCUGCCGGGGACUGGGAGAUCGAUGUGGAGGGCCUGGAGCUGGAGCCUCCCGGACCUAGCCCGCCGCCGGCAGACCGCGACUGCGACGAUGACGAGGGAGAAGAAGAGGCGGAGGAAGAAGAGGUGGAGGAAGAGGGUGACAGCGAGGAGGCGGCCACGUCCCCGAGGGUCCCGGGCAGACGGGAGCCGCAGGGAAGCCAGCUGACCGGGCCUGCGCCCGCGUCCCAGGUCUUGCCAACCGCAGCGGGGAUCUCGGAGCGCGCGGCGAGCGUGGGCGGCGGCGAACCCCGCAAGCUGAGCCGCACCCCCAAGUGCGCGCGCUGCCGCAACCACGGCGUGGUGUCGUGCCUCAAGGGCCACAAGCGCUUCUGCCGCUGGCGCGACUGCCAGUGCGCCAACUGUCUGCUGGUGGUGGAGCGCCAGCGCGUCAUGGCCGCCCAGGUGGCGCUCCGGAGACAACAGGCCACCGAGGACAAAAAGGGGCUUUCUGGGAAACAGAAUACCUUCGAGCGCAAAGCGGUGUACCAGAGGCAAGUCAGGACACCCAGCCUGCUGGCUAAAAGCAUUUUGGAAGGUUACCGUCCCAUUGCCACGGAGACUUACCUGGGAGCAAGCUUACCGCUGCCUCCCCCUGUUAGUGACAGGAUGAGGAAGAGAAGGGCCUUUGCCGAUAAGGAGUUGGAGAGCAUCAUGCUGGAGAGGGAAUAUAAAGAGAGAGAGCUAUUGGAAACGUCCCAUGCCGCUGCCUUGUUCCUGCCCCACCGCGUGAUGCCUGGGCCGGAGUACAGCUCCCACAAGGGUGCCUACAGCCCCGCCCCAGUGGACUCAGCGGGCAAAGACUUUUGCAGCUUUCUACCCACCUGCCUCGAUCUAACCAUGCAGUAUUCAGGCUCUGGCAAUAUGGAACUUAUUUCUUCUAACGUAAGUGUGGCUACUACCACAUACAGGCAGUAUCCCCUGUCUUCGAGGUUUUUAGUUUGGCCCAAGUGUGGCCCCAUUAGCGACACCCUCCUAUACCAGCAGUGCCUGCUAAAUGCCACCGCUUCGGUCCAAGCCCUGAAACCCGGGCUCGCCUGGGACUUCAAGGGGACCCGUGUGCAAGACGAACAUGGUGUAGAACAUGAUAUUCUGCCGCCCAAACUGGAAGGUUCCCUGCUGCUGCCGCCCAUGCCCGAGUUGCAGAGCGGCCGGAGUGGCCUUCAGAGUCACCAGGCCAUCCCGGAGAGGUCUGCCUUCUCCCCACCCCGACGGAAUUUCUCUCCCGUGGUUGACUCGGACUCGCUGGUGACUCAAGGGCAUGUCUUAACCAAGAUCAGCAAAGAAAACAGCAGGCACCUUGUGCCACCUAAACAUAAUCCAUUCCACUCCUUCUUGCAACAGACGCUCCAUGACAAAUCAGGGCCCGGGUCAACGAAAACCCCAUUUGUCAAAGAGGCCCUUGAUGAGACCCCAAAGAAGCACAGCGAGUGUUUAGUUAGCGAGAACGCAAAGUACACAUUUACAGUAGACAGAUGCGCUAAGGACCUUCUUGUAGCCAAACAAGUUGGAACAAAACUCGCGGCCAACGAGCCCCUGUCAUUUUCUGUUGAAUCUAUUCUAAAAAGGCCUGCGUCUGCCAUCACUCAUGUUUCCCAGUAA